AAUCAACACCAUUAGAUUCAAUUUUCGAAGCACAGCAUAUACAUUUCAGUAAGCUUCUUCAGCUCGAGAGAUGGAAGCCAUCGUAUGACAUGACAAUUAACAGGAUUCUUUAUCAAUCAAGAAUGGGAGCGACUCCAUCCCUCAUCGAAAGAGAAGCACGUCUACACGCAGAAGCCGUGGCUGAGCAGGCUCGGAAGGAUGUAGAACUUGCGCAGGCUGCGUUAAUAAAGGUAAUCCAGGCCAAUCAAAAAUCACAGCAAAAGGCUGCGGAGGCCCAGCUCGCCGCACAGGCGCAGGUGUAUAAGGAGAUGGUAGCGACGUUGCAGGCUGAGCGGGCUGCUAGGGAAGCCGUGCAGGCACAAUCUCACAAGGAAAUGAUAGCGGUGGUCCAGGCGGAAUGUGCUGCUAUUCAAAAACGAGCGAACAUGGACAUUCAGUCUGCUCAGGAGCAUGUCGAGAAAUUAGAAGAGAGGGAUGCAACUGCUGACCAGGAGGCGACCGACGCAUUAAAGAAAGUGGCAGAAGAGCGAGUUAAGAUGGCUAAUGCUGCCAAGGAGGAGGCUGAACGGAAUUUGAAAGUAGGCAUUUAACCUGUGGUGACUCCUACACCUGUAGAAAUCAGCGCCGCCAGGCAGAGAGUACAGUAUCACGAGGAC